AUGGGAACUGAACUUCGAACAGAUUCCACAGACUACAGGACAGAGCUUCUUUCCCCAAAUAUAGCAGCAGAAAAUGUGUCCAUGGCAAGGCAACCUUCAUGGAGGAUCAACAUGGAUGAACAUCGGAUACCAGAAAGGCAAAUGGAGUCUCAUUUUGGCUUUGGAUUCUUCAUCAGAACCCUAAAAAGACAAAGGAAACUUGCUGAGUAUUACAAGAGGCAGGAGAGGCUUCUUAAAGGGUACCAAGAAGUGGACUCAUACACUGAUUUGGGCAUGUUACCAGGAACUAUAUCAGAGGAUGAUAUGAAGGAACUUCAAAGGAGUGAAAGGGUGGCAAUCUAUGCAUCUAACAUAGGGAACAUGGUGCUGUUUGCAGCAAAAGUGUAUGCUUCCGUUGAGAGCAAAUCCCUGGCUGUUAUUGCAUCAACUCUAGACUCACUAUUGGAUCUCUUGUCAGGAUUUAUACUUUGGUUCACUGCUUAUGCUAUGAGAAAACCAAAUCAUCACCAAUACCCUAUUGGCAAGAACAGGAUGCAACCUGUGGGUAUAGUUGUGUUUGCAGCAGUUAUGGCAACUCUGGGAUUGCAGAUUUUGUUUGAAUCAGGAAGAGAAAUCAUCGCAAAGACUCAACCCGAGAGGGAUCCAGUGAAAGAAAAGUGGAUGAUAGGGAUUAUGGUGACAGCCACUUUGGUAAAGGUUGCACUAAUGACUUACUGUCGCAGGUUCAAGAAUGAAAUAGUAAGGGCCUAUGCUCAGGACCAUUUCUUUGAUGUCAUUACAAACUCCAUUGGUCUAGCCACUGCAGUUCUAGCCAUCAAAUUCUACUGGUGGAUUGACCCUCUUGGAGCCAUCCUGAUAGCCUUAUAUACAAUCAGUAACUGGGCAAAAACAGUGAUGGAGAAUGUGUGGUCAUUGAUUGGUAAAACAGCACCAGCAGAAUACCUUGCAAAGCUAACAUAUCUUUGUUGGAACCAUAACAUGGAGAUCAAGCACAUAGACACUGUGAGAGCCUACACAUUUGGGUCCAAUUACUUUGUGGAGGUAGACAUUGUGGUGUCAGAAGAAAUGUCACUUGCUCAAGCACAUGACAUUGGAGAGGCACUUCAGGAUAAGCUUGAAAAUCUCCCAGAAAUUGAGAGAGCCUUCGUCCACAUUGACUUCAACACAACUCACAAACUCGAGCACAAGCCCAAGGGGGUGGUGUAGAAAACCGAAAGAAAAAUAUUAGGCCAUGGGUUUUGUUAGAAUGUAGGAUUUAAAUUUUGUUUAGUAAUUGUGGAAUAUCAUUGUCCUCGUGAAACAAAUGUAUUUUGUGAAGUUUUCUUGCAAAAAUAUUAAUGAGGGCUAAACGAGUGGAAUUUUAAUGUA